AUGGGCAAAACAAAGGAUGUUAAGACUGGCAGCAAGGCCAAGUCUGAGGUCAAAUCACUUUCAAAAGUCAAAAAUGCAGCAAUCACUAAACCAUCUCAGACACCAGUCGCAAAGUCCAAGAAGAUCGCGAAAGAGACCGCCACCAAGGUGAAUGGCAAGGAGUCCAAGAAGUCCAAGCCAGUCAAGGCCCCAACCCCAGAGUCCUCCAGCAGCGAGUCUGAGUCUGCCGAUUCUGCAUCCGAGUCUGAAUCCGAUGAAGAGACCAAGCCGGUCGUCGCCAAUGGCAAGACCAACGGGAAGGUCAAUGGCAAGGCCACCAACGGCAAGGGCGCAAAGAAAGAGGUAGUUACCUCUGAUUCUUCCGAUUCGUCUGACUCGUCAGACGAUGAUGAUGCCGAUUCUUCUGAUUCUGAUUCUGACUCUUCCAAAAAGGCUUCCUCAGACGAGUCUUCUAGUGAAUCCGAAUCCGAGGAGGAAUCCGCCCCAGUUGCUGUCGCCAAGAAGGCUGUUGAGUCUACUAAGAAGGCUGUCAACGGCGCCGCAAAGGCUGUCGUUAAGGCCACUUCUGACUCCGAAUCAUCUGCUGAAGAUUCUGACGGCUCCGACUCCAGCGACUCUGACGACGAGGCCCCAGCUGCCGCCACAAAGGAUGAUGCUUCCUCUUCCGGUUCUGACUCUGAUGAUUCCAGCGACUCCGAUAGCGAGGCUGCACCUGCAUCCAAGAAGCGCAAGGCUGAUGAUGAGCCCGCCGCUGCUGCUAAGAAGAGCAAGACUGAUGAUGUUGAGGACACUGGAAGCAAGAACCUCUUCGUCGGUAACUUGAGCUGGAACAUUGAUGACGAGUGGCUGUACAGAGAGUUCGAGGAGUUUGGAGAGAUCACCCGUGCCAACGUUCUUACUGACAGAGAAUCUGGUCGAUCAAAGGGUUUCGGAUAUGUCGAGUUCUCCUCGUCGGCUGCUGCUGCCGCUGCUCUUGCUGCCAAGAAGGGUGCUCUCAUCGAUGGCCGUGAGGCUAACGUUGACUUCUCUACCCCACGUACCAAUGACGCUCCUGGCGCUCGUGCUGAUAACAGAGCCAAGCAAUUCGGUGAUUCUCAAAACCCUCCAUCUGAUACUCUUUUCGUCGGCAACUUGUCAUUCGAGGUUGAUCAAGACGCUGUCGGAGAGGCAUUCGGAGAGCACGGCACAGUUGUCAAUGUCAGACUCCCAACUGAUAUGGACUCUGGCAAUCCAAAGGGAUUCGGAUAUGUCACAUUCGAGUCUAUUGACGAGGCAAAGACUGCUUAUGAGGCGAUGAAGGGUCAAGAGAUUGCUGGACGUCCUUGCAGACUUGAUUAUGCUACCCCAAGACCAGACCGUGGUGCUGGUGGAGGCGGUGGUCGCGGCGGAGGCCGUGGAGGUGGCCGUGGUGGAUUUGACCGCGGAGGACGUGGUGGCGGUCGUGGUGGUGGCAGAGGUGGCCGUGGAGGUUUCGGUGAUCGUGGUGGACGAGGAGGUGGCCGUGGCGGUGGUCGCGGUGGAAGCACCAACCGUGGUGGAUUUGGUGACUUUGCUGGAAAGAAGCAGACUUUUGCUUAG